GUUCCCUCACCACCCCGUCUUGGCUGGUCCUGCCUGCUGGAGCAGCUGCCUUUUGCACAGCUUGCCAGAGGAGGUGGGCGGGGGAAGAAUUUUUUUGUGUGCAGCCAUACACCUUAUUGGCAACUAUGGUUAAUGGGUCUUUGAAGGUAGGUAUGGUGAUAUGUGGGCAUUUUAUGGAAUUUUUUGGAAAUUUCAUGGCAUUAAAUUGUUUAUUAACAAAUGACUUUACUGUACAAUUUAACAUCUUUAUUCUGCAGAAAAGAAGACUAUAAUAUUUAUCCUUUUUUUUUUCUUUCCCCGCUCCCCCGCAUCUUAGUCUUUCCUUGGUUUGGCUUGGAUAUUGGAGGGACCUUGGUCAAACUUGUUUAUUUUGAACCAAAAGACAUCACUGCUGAAGAGGAGGAGGAGGAAGUGGAAAAUCUUAAAAGUAUCCGAAAAUAUCUGACGUUAAAUGUAGCCUAUGGAUCUACAGGCAUUCGGGAUGUGCACCUGGAACUAAAGGACCUUACCCUGUGUGGACGUAAAGGCAAUCUGCACUUUAUACGCUUUCCUACUCAUGACAUGCCUGCUUUUAUUCAAAUGGGCAGCGAAAAAAACUUCUCAAGUCUCCACACUACCUUAUGUGCCACGGGAGGUGGAGCAUACAAAUUUGAACAGGACUUUCGCACAGUGGGUGAUCUUCAACUUCGCAAACUAGAUGAACUUGACUGCCUUAUUAAAGGAGUUUUGUACAUAGACUCAGUUGGAUUCAAUGGACGCUCAGAGUGCUACUACUUUGAAAACCCAACUGAUUCUGAAAAAUGUCAGAAGCUCCCAUUCAACUUGGAGAAUCCAUAUCCUCUCCUCUUGGUGAACAUUGGCUCAGGGGUCAGCAUCUUGACUGUGUAUUCCAAAGACAAUUAUAAGCGGGUAACUGGGACCAGUCUUGGAGGAGGAACAUUUUUUGGUCUCUGCUGUCUUCUUACUGGUUGCUCCACCUUUGAAGAGGCUCUUGAAAUGGCAUCCCUUGGAGACAGCACGAAAGUGGAUAAAUUAGUGCGGGACAUCUAUGGAGGGGAUUAUGAGAGAUUUGGACUGCCAGGUUGGGCUGUAGCAUCCAGCUUUGGGAAUAUGGUGAGCAAGGAGAAGAGAGAGUCUGUGAGUAAAGAGGACCUGGCAAGAGCAACUUUAAUAACCAUCACCAAUAACAUUGGCUCCAUAGCACGGAUGUGUGCACUUAAUGAGAACAUUAAUCGGGUGGUUUUUGUUGGCAAUUUCUUGCGGAUCAAUACAAUCUCAAUGAAGCUUCUAGCAUAUGCUUUGGAUUAUUGGUCUAAGGGACAGUUGAAAGCACUUUUCUUGGAACAUGAGGGCUAUUUUGGAGCUGUUGGUGCUUUCCUGGAGCUUUUGAGUUCGCCUUGAGUCGUUACAGAUCCUGCACAUUGGACCUAAGUUGCAGCAGCUUCUACCCUAUUGGAGCUCCCGCAUUUGUUAACAGAUGCUUUUUUUUUUUUAAAAAAAAAAGCUUAAGUGACUAUGACAGUAAUUGUAUAUGACCUAAUCAUCGUGGAAAAGGAAAGGACACAUGAUUUUUUGUAUACAGAUAAAAUUAAUCCUGCAUCUUAAUGUAGGAUUACCUCAACAUGUGUAGCAGAUUAUAUAAAAACAAUGCUCAGAAUAUAGAGAUGUAUUUCCUAUUAUUAAGUAAUGUGGAAAGGUGCUAGAUGGAGAUAAUUUAAUGUGGGACAUUAUUCUGUUCUCAAAAGACUUCUUAUGUAAAAUGCCUAGUGUCUACGUUAACUAUUUUUUUUCAUUUGCAAUGUUUUAUAUGUAUGGGAUUGAAGGACUUUUAAGUCUUUGUGGUAAUAUUAAAUAGUGCAUUGUUUAUAAAUGAAAAGUAUCAAAACAGAACCCAGAAAUGUAAAAACUAACAUUUUCCCCAAAGUCCUUAUUUUUAUCCUCUUCUGAACAUUAUAGUACGAGGUUUUCAUAGGCCUCUAUAAUCACUAAUAGUUUAUUUUCUGGCAAGACAGCAGUCCCAGUGCAUAUACACACAGGCACUGUUAGAAAAGCAAGAGGUAAGGACUCAAUUUUUUGGGGGCUUGCUUUCUGUAAAACUGUGUAGCAACUUCUUACCACCUGUACCUUGGUGAUCCCUGGUAACCCAACCAAAAAAUCUUCUGGAUAUGGGGGUCAGACCCUUAUAAUACAGUCCUAGUAAAUGCAGCAGGUAUCUCACUUGAAAUCCACAAAAAGUAAAUAUAAGAAUAUUGAUAACUAGUGUGUGGGGUGUUUUUUAAUAAUUGUAUGUAACUGUACCAAAAAUGAUAAUAUUCUAUUCCUGAUGUACUCAGGCUAUUCAGUAAAUACUCCAUAGAUUUUAGUUGUUAGCAUGUUACUGAAUAUAAUCCAGAUUCAGGAGGAAAUUUAAUCUUUCCACAUCAACAUUAUACUCUGUUACCUUGAAUUGUGCAUUCCUGUAGAAUCCAAGCACUUCAUUGCCACAGUUUCAGAUUCUCUAAGACAUUGACCUUUCAGGGUAUUAAACUAGCAGAUGUUGUGUGAGAGAACAUUCCUUCCAUGCACAAUAGAUUAAGCAACAUUGGCAAUAAGCUACCAUUAAAAGAGCUGUGUUUGAAACAAGCUUGUAGCUCAUAAGCCAGCCUUUGGUCUGGAGUAAUUCUAAGUUUCCAGGAUUCCCUGCAUCCUUGGAGCUCUAGUCUUGAGCUGCUUAUUCUAAACAAAAUGUCCACUGGGAACAUGUAAAUGUUCUCCCUCGUCCAUCGAUGACCGUGGCUAGUGAUUUCAGCAUAACUUCACUGCAGGGUGCUGGAAGUAGUUGCUUCCUGAAAAGCAACUGUAUUUUACCCUGAUGUUAACUACUGUUUGUGCUGCAGAGUGUUCUGAAACAUAGUACUAUGGCUUUUCUGCUGAAUAGCUCAACUAGAUGUAGAAACCUGAUUCACAGUAGCAACGAGUGAAUACAGGGAUUCUCAGCUACUUUAAAUUGUCAUAGCUUCACUUGAUUUUUGUUUACACUAAAUGGGGAAUCUGGGCCAGAGCCUUUAAAUAACUUGUCCCUUUUAGGAUUUUGUAGAUUAAUGCAUUGGCCUCUUCAUAUGUGGGUUCAUAUUUGCGCUUGGUCUCAAAUGAAAGCUCUUUGGUCUUAUACAGGCCCCUGUGGAUAUUUUUUGACCACAGCAUUAAAAAAGCCACACCAGUCAGAUAACUUGACACGAUAAGCACUUCUAAGAUGAAAUAAUUCAGAAUUAAAGAGCAGUAACAGAGCUGUGGGAUUGGUGAGAGUUGUCUUGGAGCUUGAGCCUGCAAUCUGCAGAUACCUGCUUCAAGGUUCUGUGUGCCCCUUUGUCUCCUGCUGCGAUCUAUGAGAGUUGAGUGCUCACAGGAGAUGCUUGUCACUUUGAAGGGUUGAUCCCACAGUAUGUCCUGAGAGCCUGGGAUGAGAACUAAACGGGAAUUGAAAAUGCCUAGGUUUCCUCACAAAAUCAGAUAAUUUGUUUUGUACUGCUAAAUUGGAGCAUUACAUGCCACCAAGUUUCCUGUAAAGUAAAGUAGUUUUAGAACUUAUAUUCAGGAAACUCAGUCUCUAGCUGCAGACAAAAAAUGAUGAUUGAACAUUGGAAGAGAAUCUGGAACCUCUAAAAUUGUUCAACUAUAUUGGUACAUAAAGCCUGUACCAUUCAAGACAUUUAGCUGCCAGUUCACCACUGUAUACCAGAGUCGCCUUUUCUGAAAAGGCAGUCUUCCCAGAUAAAUGGAAAAGCAGGUAUCUAUAACAACUUAGAAAAAUUGUAUUAGCUUUUAAUGUGUAAUAUUGCUAACUUAGAUCAUGCAGUGAACUGCGCUCAAAAUUUGAAUUAAGUUACUUGUGGAGGUACGUGCUUGAUGAGACACUAUUUCAUGCCUAGGAUCUUGGAUCAUAUCCCACUAAAGAUAAUAUAAUACAUUGUUUUAGAAAUAGUAGUCAGACUUCCUGACAUACCUGAUUCUAGAUGUAAUGGAAUUUAGAUUGUAAGCUCUUUUGGGGCAAGGACUUUUUCUGUGUCAUGUUCUGUAAAAUGCUUGGUAGAUUUAGACAACUUCUGCACCUUCCUUGGUCACACAGCCACAACUGGAAUGUCAGGUCUUGCUUCAGCUUUGGUCUGGAUGGAAUCCAGAUUGAGUUCUUACUGCCUUUAUCUGUUAAAUUGAAGUUUCCCCUGUGCAGGGGGCCCACAUAUAAAACCCUUUGUAUUACUGAUCCCUUAUUUUGAGGUAUAAGAUGCAGUGAGCUAUGGUGGGUCCUCUGUGCCAUAACUUAAAG